UGGAGAUGCUUUCAGACGAGUAAUGUUCCAGUGACGGGAAUAGAUGCAAAUUCUGUAUGCGACAUAUGUAACAAUGCAGCAGAACCCUGGGUUUGUCUUACAUGCUACAAGGUGCACUGCGGACGCUACGUGCACGGCCAUGCACUCUUGCACUAUGAGGCAGAACCGUCUCAUGCGAUGUCGCUUUCGCUUGCCGAUCUGUCGGUUUGGUGCUAUCCGUGUGAAGCGUAUGUUCACAAUGAGAGACUUGUCCCGGCCAAAUCUGCAGCACAUCUGAGUAAAUUUGGAGAGACCACUUCGCAAUGA